AUGCGAGAUUAGCAUCGGACAGAAGAGGCGCCUUUUGAAACAGGAACUAAGGAGAUUGGGAACUCCAGGUUCAGUACCUUGAUCAAAAUCCAAUUGCAAAGACCAACUCCAGAGCCGGCAGCUCUGAGCUCAGGCUGUGGAUCGAGGUCAGCGGAAUUGAGUGAUCUACAGCGCGACCCACCUGCUCACUGUUCGGCUGGACCUGUGGGAGAUGACUUGUUCCACUGGCAAGCAACUAUUAUGGGGCCUCCUGAUAGCGCAUAUCAAGGUGGAGUCUUCUUUCUCACUGUACAUUUUCCGACAGACUAUCCUUUUAAACCACCAAAGAUUGCUUUCACAACAAAAAUUUACCAUCCAAACAUAAACAGUAAUGGAAGUAUUUGUCUUGAUAUCCUGAGGUCACAGUGGUCACCAGCUCUGACUGUAUCAAAAGUUUUAUUGUCCAUAUGUUCUCUGCUUUGUGACCCCAAUCCAGAUGACCCCUUAGUACCAGAUAUUGCACAAAUCUAUAAAUCAGACAAAGAAAAAUACAACAGACACGCAAGAGAAUGGACUCAGAAAUAUGCAAUGUAAAAUCAAAAAAAUUUUCAUAUAUACCAGAGUACUGUAAAAUCUAGGUUUUUUUUCAACAUUAGCAGUAAAUCGAGCACUGUUUACUGUUUCAUUGUACCAUGAAAUCCUUUGAUUUUUACCCAUUUUAAAUGUAUUUCUGAAGCAAGACAAAACAAACUUCCAAAAAUAUUCUUGAGACUGUGAUGAGAGCAUUUAUCAUUUUGUAUGCAUUAAGAAAGACAUUUAUUAUGGUUUUUAAGAUACUUGGACAUCUGCAUCUUCAGCUUACAAAAUCUACAAUGCAUCUGAAAAGCAACCAAAUUAUUUUUUGCUGAAACUACAUGUUUUUACAUGAAAAAUACUGUAUGUGUUGUCUAAGAUGUCGUCAGUUAUAUAAAUCUGUAUUCAGAUUUCAUUCUUUGUUAGCUCACUUUAUAAUUUGUAUUUUUUUACUGUAUAGACUAAAUAUAUUCUAUUUACAUGUAUGUCAACUCGUUACUUUUUUCCUGUGAACAGUAUUGAAAAAACCCAACAGCUGAUAAUGAAAUGAAUUAACUGUCCGUCUCCCUUGUCUUAGGGUAUUCUGUAGAUUGAUUGCAGAUUCCUUAAACCUGAAAUGAUCUUUACACUGUAAUUCUCAGUAUACUGAUUAUGGAGAAACACUUGUUUUGAUUUUGUUAUACUUGACUUAACUUUAUUACAAUGUGAAUUAAUUGCACUGCUAAGUAGGAAGACGUGUAACUUUUAUUUGUUGCUAUUCACAUCUGAAUUUUUUUCUGUAUAGGCAAUAUUAUAUUGACACCUUUUACAGAUCUUAAUGUAGCUUUUUCCAUUUAAAUAAAAUGCUUUUUCUACUA